UUCUGAAGCAUUACAACGAAUUAUUAAAAGAACAUCCCAACCAACUUGUCCAUUAUGUCGGAAAAUAAUUGAUUUAAAUUCUGUGAUUACCUUGCCACAAUCAGCCAUUCAUCAAGGAAUCCGUAAUCAUUUGCCUGAAGAUAAUAAUAGUAACGUUGCUCAAGAUCAUAACAAAAAUAUUUCUGAUGAAAGUAGUGACGAUGAAGAAAUCAAUAUCUUUAAACUCAAAUCUCAACAAAAAUUUAAGCGAUCGAAUUCAACAGUGAGAAAAAUUUUUAAGACGCCAAAAUUUUUUCACCGGUCAUUAAGAAAAGCAAACACUGCAUAUAAAUUAGGAGAUCUUGAAACUGUUAUUAAUACACUUACAGAAGUUCUUAAAGAUUAUCCUACAAGCUAUUCAUUACAAUGUUAUCGGGCCAAAGACUAUAUCUGGGUGGUUAUUAAAAAUGACUCGGGUAACCCAGAUCAGUGUUGUCACUUGGAGGAUUGCUGGAAGGCUACUGGAAGUAAAUUAAUAGUGUUACUGGAACUUUAA